GUUAUUUUGGUUGCGAUAUAUCGACUUUGAUUUGAUUUUUUUUUUUUUUUUUGUCUUCGGUCUCUUCUCCCUCCUCCUUCCCCCGAUGAGCUUCUCUCCUCGCUCUGCACUUUGCACGAGAAAGCGCAGAGGAAAGGCACCAUGAAGUGUUAAAAAUAACAAAACAAAAGCAAAAAAAAAAAAAAGAGAGAGAGAGAGGAAAAAAAUUUCCUCGCAACAACACCCGCGAACGCUUCCAGCUGCAGUUUGCGAGAGAGAAAGAGAGAGAAGGGAGGAAAGAGCCGUGCGUGCAGAAGGCGCAGAGCCCCUCGCUCUGAUGCAGCAGCGGCAGCGGAGGCUCUGCAGGGGAUAACGCGGAGCGGGCGGAGCGCGGCGCGGCGCGGCGGAGGAACGGACGGACGGACGGGCGGACGGACGGACGGACAGCAAAGCUGGCUCACCCGGCGGCAGCGCAGAGCAGCGCCCUCGCUCCCGGAGCGCACCCUUUCUGGAGGACUGUCAGCAGCAAAAGGAUGGCAUCAGAACUGGCAAUGAGCGGCUCCGACCUGCCCACCAGUCCCCUGGCCAUGGAAUAUGUUAAUGACUUCGAUCUGAUGAAGUUUGAAGUGAAAAAGGAGCCGGUGGAGACCGAUCGCAUUAUCAGCCAGUGCGGCCGCUUGAUCGCCGGGGGAUCGCUCUCUUCCACCCCGAUGAGCACGCCCUGCAGCUCGGUGCCCCCGUCCCCCAGCUUCUCGGCGCCCAGCCCCGGCUCCGGCACCGACCAGAAGACCCACCUGGAAGACUACUACUGGAUGACGGGCUACCCGCAGCAGCUCAACCCCGAGGCGCUGGGCUUCAGCCCCGAGGACGCGGUGGAGGCGCUGAUCAACAGCAGCCACCACCCGCUGCCCGGCGCCUUCGAUGGCUAUGCUAGAGGGCAGCAGCUGGCCGCGGCCGCCGGCGGCUCGGUGCCGGCCGAGGAGAUGGGCUCGGCGGCCGCCGUGGUGUCGGCGGUGAUCGCCGCGGCGGCGGCGCAGGGCGGCGCGCCCCACUACCACCACCACCACCACCACCCGCACCACGGCGGCGGCGGCGGCGGCGGCGGACACCCCCACGGCGCGGCGCCGGGCAGCGCGCCGCCCUCCUCCGCCUCCUCCUCGGCCGCGGGCUCCGGAGGCGGCGGCGGCGGCGGCGGAGGCGCCGGGGGGCUGCACCACCCGCACCACGGAGGAGGAGGCGGCGGCGGCGGCCUGCACUUCGACGACCGCUUCUCCGACGAGCAGCUGGUCACCAUGUCGGUGCGGGAGCUGAACCGGCAGCUGCGGGGCGUCAGCAAGGAAGAGGUGAUCCGGCUGAAGCAGAAGAGGAGGACCCUCAAAAACAGGGGCUAUGCCCAGUCCUGCCGCUUCAAGAGGGUCCAGCAGCGGCACGUCCUGGAGUCGGAGAAGAACCAGCUGCUGCAGCAAGUGGAGCACCUAAAGCAGGAGAUCUCCAGGCUGGUCCGGGAGAGGGACGCCUACAAGGAAAAGUACGAGAAGCUGGUCAGCAAUGGCUUCCGAGAAAACGGAUCCAGCAGCGACAACCCCUCCUCUCCAGAGUUUUUCAUCACGUUGUGCACAGUCCCCUCUGGCAGAGCAGCGCUGGCGGAGCAUUGAGGCUGGUUGAGGAGCUGACCUCGGUGAUAGGAAGGAGGGAGAUGGGAAAGGAAUAGCGCUGUGCGGACGCGACGUUGCCACCCGUUAGAAACCAGGUAGAUGGGAACCGUGGGCUCCCAGGUGCUGUGCAGACCUCGGUUGGGUGCAUCGCUGUGAGGCCCCAGCGGGAGGGCUGCCCCGCCAGCCUGGCACGGCCCCCAGGAUUUGGGCUGCUUGGUGAUGGGGCGAAGCCAAAGGGAGCACUUUGCAUCCUCGUCCCGUCGCAUCCCAGCAGAGCGUGCCUGUCUUGGGUCGGGGAUGGCAGCUCAUCAGGCUUGGCGUGUCACAGAGCUACGGAGCGUUAGAGCAGAAGCACUUCUUGCCAUUGAGGCCCAUGAUGCCUCCUUUUACCUUUCUUUGCUUUCCCCCCUGUUCCACACCAUUCUUUUGUUCACCUGGUGGGUUUUUUUUGUUUGUUUGUUUGUUUUGUUUCGGUCAUUUUUUUCAAAUUUUUGCUACAGGCCUUAGAGAGCCCAGAGUGAGCCAAAGGAUUCAAAGGGCUUCCUCCAAGUUUUGCAGUCGGCCCCAGCAGUCAACGUGCUGGAAGCGGUGCGCUCCCCGAGCCCCUCUGUGCUCAGUUCCCUCUGUCAUCCCCAUGUCAUCCCCAUGUCAGAGGGGACUGAGGCUCUGUGGGCCGCUCAGCCCCUGCUGACUCAGUGCAGCCUUUCCAGGAGCCUGCAAGGAGGCUGUUCUGGGCCUCUCCCACCUCGGAGAGUGCUAAAGCCUCUCCGAAGAAUGCUGCAGCCCCUCUGGGACAAUGGCUCUAUCUCAAAAUCCAGGCUCGGCAACCCAGUGCAGUUUUAAUUUUUUCCCCCUUUUAUCCCUCCGCUUCCUACUGUUGAUCUUCCCAGCUUUAAAAACAAAAGCAUCUAUUAGGCUCCUCUGCCUAGUGCCCACCCUGCCCCGUGCAGCCUUGAGCCCCCUGAGCUGUGCGUCUCCCCUGCUAUGGGUCAGACCAAUGCCACCACCGUGGUCUCCAGCAGUGAUGCUGCACUGCGCCCCUCCCCAGCGCCCUUUGGCAUCUGACCUUCUGUUGCACUGGGGUUUGAGUAAUGGUUCAAGCUCCAGACUCUGGUUAAUUGGAGUUCCACUUUCUGGUUAAUGUGUAAGCUCUGGGUAAACUGUUUGCUAUUGGCUGAUCAGAGAAUUAUCUCCUCUCAUAAAGACAGGGGUUCUUUAUUUAUUUUUUAAUUCUUCUCCCACCUCACCGGGCUGAACCUGUACUGAUGCACAGAUUUAUUCGCAGGGGUGCUCAGCUCCUCAAAGGGCUCCUAGAGGGCUCUGUAUGGGGAUGGGGUGAAGGCAGUGCAACCCUGAGGCCCUGCGUGGGACCACUCCUGGUCCUUGGGCUGCUGUUGAACAGGGUUAGGGCAGGGUUAGGGUGUGAGAUAGGUGAGAGUCGGGGAGCAGUUCGAACAGCGAUAAGAAAAAUCCUUCCUAGAAAUAGACUGAGUGCAAAAGGGAAAAUUCCUAUCGCACACCCAAGCUGAGGGGAAGGAGCUUUGCAUCUCUCCCGGUUUUGCAUAUUACUAUGCAUUGCAAUCUUUCUUUACGAAUAGGAAAUAACGCAGCCUUCGCUGGACUGCAUGUGAGUUUCAGCCCAAAACACACCAACUUCCCAAGGGAAGGGGAAAAGCAACCAGAAGCACACAGCGCUGCUGCUAACACCAAGCUCUAUCAGUUGGGGCUCUAUCAGUCAUGACAGGGGAGCACCCACCUUUGCUGCAGGACUGCUUUCCGAGGACUCACGGAGCCGCUCCGCUCUGAACGGCACUCAUUAAUCAGUGAAUCGCCCCUGGCUAGGGUCUGGCUGCCCUCCUGUCCCCCUCGGGGUGCAGCACUGGGGCAGCUGGGUGCUGCCGUGCCGCAGGGUCCACUGCCAUCACAGCCCUGCGAUGUGUCCCCAUUCAGCUACAAAGAACUUCCAUGUGACCGCUGCCGGGAGAUGCCUGCAGCCCCGUGCUGGCUCUGAGCACAGCACACAUCCCUCCACCCCACCCCACGGCAUCCUCUACCUUUAUUUUAAUUAUUUUUCCUAAAACAAAGCAAACCCCUCUUCCCCGAGCGUCCCCGCGCUCGUGCCUCACCAUUUUCCCUGCCUGAAAAAAAGCAGCAUCCCAGAGAGCAUCCGAAAGAAGGGAGGGAGUUCUGCAAGCCCCCUCACCACUUCCCUGUGUCAGAAGGUCCUCUUUGCCCUUUUCAGAGCUCGAGAAUGUGUCUGCUGAAUCAGAACGCCACGCAGCACUACCCCCUGUGAAACGUGGCAGGAGAUUUGAAGCGCGCAAAGCACGCUUUCCCAGCUCCUCUGCUUUCUGAGAGCCUCAGUGCAGCUGUUUCCCUCUGCUCAGCGCAUAGGAAGUUCUCGAUCGAGAAUCAUUCAUAAUUUUAAUACCAAUUUCUAUUUGACAUAACAUACUAAUAUGAGAUACAGAGUGUAGCUGCUUCCUGGAUUUAGGGAGGAAAUGAUGCAUAUAUCAGAAUUAUCUGCUCAGAUGCCAGAAGUACAUCGGUAUCCUUUCAGCGUGUGCUGCGCGGAGAGGAAAUCCUCUAUUUAUUGCUCCCAUCACCAGAGGAGCUCAGUGGACCCUGUGUUUCUGACACCUGUUCCGAUGGACGGACUGAACAUUUCACACAGGAGAGGGGAAAAAAAAAAGCAACGUGACACAGUGCUGGGAGCUCAGGUUUUUAGCAAACUUUCUUCGCUCUUUCAGAAUCACAGAGGUGGGGUUGUGAAGGGCCCGUCUGUUGCAGCUAUGGCGAGAGCCAUGCUUGCUUGGCUGGGACAAGACCCAGUCCUAAUUGCAGUGCCUCCGCUCCUGCAUUGCACACCAGGAUGCACAGAGCUGAGCGGCUUUUGGAGAGGGAGCAUUCGAGCACUGUGUGAAUGCUGCUUAACUGAUGAAUUCUGGGGAGCUCAGCAGAUAAAAAUCAAUGGAUUAAAGCCCCGCACACCUCCCCGCUUUUCAUUCUUGCCUGCCUGAAAUUGUGGGGGAGGACUGAGAAUAGCGUUUGUCAUUCUUGGAGGGCGAAGAGCAUUCAGAUUGGUGAGCUCAAAGCCAGCACGGUGUAAAAAUAGCCCAGGAUGUGACUUAACUUUGCAAGUGCAAAGCAAAGGGCCGGGGCUUAGUGGGCCCUGUGUAGGGCUGGAGGCAGCCUCAGCCCCAGCAGGUCAACACGAGCCGGCACAGCAUGACAGCAUCUCAGUGCCCCGAUGCACUUGAUCUUAUCACUCCAAAACACUCAUUUUCUAUCUACGCUGCUGUUCCAACUUUUAAAAAAUGUGUAUUUUUAAUUUCCUUUUUGUUUCCCGAGUUCCCUCUUUUAAAUCAGUGUCCUCUGAUGCAGCAGAGGGGUGCCGCUCUGUGGUCACAGUGUGGGGAGGGGGACGGGGAUAGCACUGCCUCCCCCCUGUUCACACUGGAGCCCUGUGGAUGUGCUUUGCUUUGCUUUUUCUCCUGCAAUGCAUUGCACGGAGGCAAUUGAAACCAGAGCAGAAGUUCGCUGGAAGUGGUGCUUUUGCACCACGACGAAGAAAAGUUUUCCAGCCAACAAAUUGAGCGGUGUCUUUCCAUUUCCAGCAGGGUAGGGAAUGCUCGCAGCAGCAUUUCCACUUUCCUGGCAGAAAUGUCGGUGCUGCAUAUGAAGGCAGUUACCUGUGCAUCCCAAGGAACGAGCACAGGGACACGCACUUCUGUCCGGGAGCACCUUUGGGGUCAGUGCUGCCACAGAUUGGAGCAGCCUGGAAAUAACCUGCUCAGCAGUGAGGUGUCUGUGUAACAGCAUUGCAUCCGUCCCGCUGCCCGCGUCACCUCCCAGGCUUUGGGGGCUGUGCUGUGGGGAGGGAGUGCCUUGCCCAGAUGUGCACACACAUGCACAUACACACACACGUGUUGGGGUGCUGCCCCAGCCGGGGGUGUCACA